AUGGUGGCGCCACUGCACCGCCACAAUUAGUCAGCAGGAAUAUGUAUGGCUAGUGUUCAGUACCUACCUAGGUAUCGUGUCUCUAAAGUGAAUCUCUGCACUUGACCUAGAUAUUAUCACCACAUAUCAGACCAACCUCCCAACAGUCUCCUUAUGCGAGGCUGCACUGAGACACGCGCAAUACGAUAUCGUUCCCUCGCUCAUUCUCCGUCGCUUCUUUGAUUUCUUUACCAUAGUAUACCUGGUGUCGCGCCAUAUAAAGCAGAGAUUCCUGGUCACAAUACUUUCCAGUUUGUUUAGCGCUCCUUUCACCACGACUUCUUUGGCUGCUACGUAUAUCUAUCCAUUUAUCCUACACCACAUCGCUUAGUGCAUCAGUAGCUUAACUGUAGGCAUUCACAACGUGGUCUGCAAUGAACAUUCAACCUAGCAUUGGAAGAGACAGCUCAACACAAAGACGAUCAGCUCAUCUUUAUUUCUAGGGGUGGCUACAUUUGGCGUAUGCUCUCUUAGGCAUUGAUUGACGGUGGUAGCACCCACGACGAUUCAUAUCGAUAUAGAAACUACCAUCUUGCCUUUAUCGCGGCUUCUCCUAUUAUUCAACGCUUCAUUCGACUAGCUCCUCCAUGGCCGACAAUCCUCACGGUUAUGGCCAGUACACUGGCCAUUAUCCUCCACCCUCUUCCUACCCUUCAAUGUUGGGUUCACCGAGCGCGCAUCCACCCUACUCUUAUCCCACACCUGGAAAUGGGGUAAUACCGCCCGCAAACUACGUGGCAACUCAUAAUGCAUAUGAUCACAACUUAAAUAGGAUACCUGGAUUAGGACUUGGAGGGGCACAGAUGCUCCCGGCUACCACAUUCUCAGCCAGUACAUCUCAACCAUGGCCCACCCAAGGACAUAAUGCGCACGCGAAUAACUUCUUCCAGAGCCAACAACCGCCUCCUGCUUCCCUGAUUCAGAAACCGCCUGCCUCUUACCCACAACCAGUCGUCCCUCUCGAAGAUGGCGAGUUAGGCGAGUUCGAAGACCUCUAUGACCCCAAGGAUUCGAUCAACACUCCUAAAGACGUCUCGCAAGUUGAACGCCAGUCCAAAUCAAACCGAUCCUUAAACAAUUUGGAUAGUGGUAACGGCAGCGUUGGCGAUGCCGAGGGUUCUUCCAUCUACGAUCCCCACGACCCCCAUGUUAUUCAGGAUAACGCUGUUGCUCAAGCCGUGGAAAAUCCUCCAGCUGACUCAGAGCAAGAUUAUCCCAUGGAUGAUGACUGGGAACCAUCAUAUCCAGACAGAGAACGGUCGGGGUCAUACUCGCCAUAUCUCUCCCCCAGAGAAGUACACCGCAAAAUUUCUAUGGCAAAGGCCACAACUCGCGAUACACAGGCUACCGAUCAUGUACCUGCAACUAAGACUUCCGACACGUUGUUAAAAUCUAAGGAUAUCACACCGGCUUCCUCAGGUCUUCCCAGCAAACCUCCCACUGCAUCCUCGGCUACUAAGCAUGAAGGUUUCAUUAAUGGUUCAUCGCUACCUCGAAGCCCUCUAGAAGCUAAGAAGAAAGCCCAGGAAGCGAUACUUGGCCUAUGGUCGUUAAAGGUUCGAUAUCAGGACUAUAUUGAAGAGGGAAUUGAUGCAAACGUCGUCAAGGCUCUUUUCAAGGACAUAGGAUUAGAUGUACCUGUCUCGAAAUCCAAUUCAGUGGUAUCACAAACCACUAGCGAUGCACCGCCCGUUCCUGUUGCAGCCACCGCCCCAACAAAAAAUGCGUCGCACAAACCACAAACUUCAUUAAUGAGUGCAACACAAGCGCCACCAGAAGUUGCCAAGCAACCCGACAACAAGGAUAACAAGGACAAAGGUAGCGAGACUAAAGUGACACAGAAGUCUGCUGCGGAGGAGCGUAAGGAUAAGAUUGCGCGCAAGCUUGCCGCGAUGGCACAGAAAACGACAACUACGCAAUCGCCGGGACAAGGUGCUUCAGUAUCGACACCUAUACCUGUGCCUGCUCCGGCGCCUGCUCCUGUUUCCGCUCCAGCGCCAGCUCCAGUACCGGCCACGAUCGCACCCCCAGCCCCUGCUGCAGUUGUCGCUUCGGUAGGAACAAAGUCGGAUGCCACAAACACACCGUUAAACGUCCCUAAAACUCGGGCCGAAAACACUGCUAUUCUACAGCAGAAGCUCGCUGCAUUGAGAAGACAGCAGGCUCAGUCAGCAGCCGAUAAAGCUCAGGCUGCCUCAAAUGAAAGCACAGCUGUUUCAUCUCCCGCGCGGACAGGCCCCAGUCCACCGAACACAAACCAUAACGGCGACUCUACGCCCAAGUCUCGAUCGACUAUUCCCAUUCAGCAAAGCGAAACGCAGCAAAUCUCAUCUACCACACCUCAGGUAAACCAGAAUGAUGAAGGCAUUCCUGGAUUGUCUUUCCAAUCGCUCGCCUUACCUCAACCACCACAAGGAUCAAACCGAAGCUUGAAGCGGCCAGUAGCCUCUGAUUUUGACAAUUACACACCUCGCUCUGAAACACUCAAACGCACCCGGACUGAUGAGCGGUUGGUAAUUGAUGUUAGUGACGAUGAGGAUGUGGAGAUGGAAAUAGGCUCUCCUACGGAUGAUCUUCCUCCGGUGGACUCUAGUUCUGCAACUACUCGCCAGGCAUUAAACUCGUUCCUACCGCUUUCUGACGGACCAAGUCGACGACAACAAGACAGCCCAGUCUCGAGUUCUGCCCCUACACCACCAAUUCACGGAGCCAGGGUCGAUGUACUAAAUAAGCGAAUUGAAGAUUUGAAGCGGCAAAUAGCUGAAGCCGAGGCAAAAACAGCUGCGAAGAAGGCAACGACACAGUUGUCACCUAGACCUUUAAGUCCAGCUGUGGAACAAACAAUCAGCGUACCGAAGCUGACUGAUAGGAACACCACGGAGAUCAAGGCUACUCAUAAUAGACGUGAUAGGAUCGUGAGCUAUGAGCUGCCCCGUGUUAGUGCUGCUCUUAAGGAGAAGCAGGAUAAACUGAGGCAGAUCGUUGCUGAAGCCGCGCGACUAGAACUUGAGGUGCAAGCCAGCUUAGCUGAGGAACAAGAGCUCAAGGCGGAGAUGGAAGAGUUAGUCAGCCCCAGCGCUACAGAUUCUCCAGAGCCAGAUGAGCAGCAGCCGGUACCAAGGGAUGUUUCGCCUCCCCCAGAGCCGACUUUAGUUUCCAAUAGUCAACAUAAUGCUGAGGAUGAGUGCUUAGUCAAACCGCAAUCCUCGCACGACGAGCAUUCACCUGUACUUGAAGCUAGGGCAGAUGUGGACACCGAACUAACUCACGACGAGUCACUUCAAGUCGCUGAUACUACCCAGAAGACUAAUACUAUAGACCUCGAAAUGACUGAUGCGGACUUGCCCGCUUCUAGCACUGCUAAUACCACGCCUAUUGUCGACGAAACACCUAAAGAAGAUACUUCGCCGAGCUCUCUAGAUGCCGAUGGCUUAGUUCAACCUCAUAUGAUCGAAACGAUGGACGGGACGAAACAAAAAGUUGAAGAGCCUUCCACCAGUACAGAUCCUGAGGCUAAAUCUGUUGUCGAGUCAGCAGCUCCUGCUGUUAGCAGCUCUUCAAGCGAACCGCAUGAUGAAUCGAGCGAGUCUGAUGUCUCGAUGCAGCAAUCCGUUCCAGAUUUAUCUCAAAGCGAUGAUGACACGUACGAACCUAUGCCGGUUGAGAUAUCUGAUUCUCAAGCUACUCGAGAAAACGUUGAGCAACGAGCUACAGAAGAAUUCGAUGAUAUUCCCGAAGAGCCAAGUCCGAUCCACACCUCCAUUGAUCAGGAGCACCAGGAAUCGGAGCAGACAAGCAACGAAGUAAAAAGCCGCUCCAGUGAGGAGCCUCUCCUACUGACUACUUCGCAGGAUAGUCAAAACAAAUCUCCCUUGGAGGAUUUGCUCACAUACAAGAGCCCUCUUUCAUAUUUCCGUGCCUACAGAUUCCACCCCAAAUACUUUGAGGAAGUUUCUGGUGGCUUAAAAUCCAUGACUUUUAAUGCUAGGAUUGACCCAAUGCGGGAACUGUGCCCCCAGGUACUUGCUGGAGAACCUUGCCCUAAGGGUUCCAGUUGCGAGUAUCAGCAUUUCGAUUCGAUGAUUCUUCAGGAUGCCGAGAUCAUUACGCAGCUUGGCUCUGCGGACAUGUUUGUGGGAGAAACGAGGACCAAGUUCAUUGAAGGGCUGAAGAGGGUGCUUAAUGACCUCAAAGCCAACCGAGUCAAAGACUUCGAUCGUAUCACCAAGGCCAUCGUCAAACACAGACAGGAAUUCCUAGGUGACAAAACCAAAGUGCUAGCUUUGGAUUCUAGCGCCUCAUAGGUAAUCUCGUAGUAUACUCACGUCAGUCCUGUUAAUCGCGCUCGCAUCGACAUUUUCCCUUGUAGUUAUACCUUCAUCUCCAUCGUCAUGCUUGACGACGGCGCCCAGAUGCGCUGAGCUUAUUCUACAAGCAGUAGCUUCAUAGCUCCGGUCACUUUUUCGAUACCCUACCCCACCCCCAGGCAACAGCAUGGUUGCUUUAUGGCGUUGUAGAAGGAGCCUCAAGCAAAGGCUUGCGGCAUUGGCGCCUUGUUUUGCUGGAAUGCACGAUACCCUGUUAUUUCGCAUUUAAUACCGCGGAGGGCCUGUGGCCUGACCCGUGCAGUAAGACCAACGUAUAAUUCGACGGUGGUUGAGAGGCUGCUAUACGCAGACAAGAGGAGGGCAUAGAGUAGUGUGUACGUGGAAAGAGAAUAGCAGAAUAUGUCUAGGACUUCAUUCCACAUCUUAGGAACAUAUUUAGGAGAUUAGCAGUCUUCUCGCAUGCUUCGUAUUGCCAUACGAGGAAGACUGGUCGCUUCUAAGUGAAGUAGACGCUAGUGAGCCGGCCGUAGUCAAAUGUUUACCCAUUCUCAUUCAAGAUCCAAUGUUAGUGAUCAGAUCCAUGUAUCGCAUAGUCAGGAUAUUCAACCCGUAAACAAUCAAUGUGACAUAGCUAGG